UCGGGUCCUCCACAGCGAGUGUGAGCGAGUAUUCCCUCAACUCCCUCAGCUAAAGACAGCUCUGUUGCAUUUUGGCCACUGUCACGCCAACACUGGACUGUGAAAGGUCGUUAGUGUUGUCUGUGAGUGUUGCAUCUGUUGUCAAUACUUUGUUGGCAGUGAGAUGAGCACAGUGCAUGUUGACGAAAACUUAGUGAAACUACAUGUAUGUGAUAGAGUGAGCGUUGCAGACCCGUUGUAGAAGUCCCGUUGCAGGCGCCACGGAGAACAGGACUUACCUUACUGUUGGAACGCUACAGUUUUAUUCAAUGAUGUAAUACUUUGAUGGCAGUGAAGACCAGGCUAGCUGUUAACAUUACUACAGUGAAACAUCCAGUGCCCGUCCCCUCCUGUCAAGUGUGUUGCGGUGUGGCGCGAGGAGCAGUGAAACGCAACGCUACGACUAAAAAUCAAACGCAGAAUUGCAAAUGAUAUUACUUUAUGUGUAGAAAAUGCAAUUAAUUGAAAUCAACUUAUAUAACUACAACUGAUAGGUCAGAAAGAAAGAAAAAAAAAAAAACGCAGUGAAAAAAAAACGUGUGUAAAGAAAAAAAUACAUAUUACAUAAUUGAUAUGAUAAUUAUUUUUGAUUAGCAAGAAUAUAGAAUACUUUAUAGAGGCUGGAGAAACGUGCCCCUGGCUACCAUUAAGACGGAAGGGGCGUCUCGAUGCAUUUAUCAGGCGGUGACCUAGCAUGAGGAAGCCGCUGAUAAGAAAGGGUGCUGCUCUUUUAUCUUAUCCACGCCUGGCCGCAAGCUGGGUCACUGGGAAGUGUUGGUAUUGUGUCAGCCCUCAACCACACAUCCUGCUUUAGAUGAGGAUAAUGUUAACCCCGCUUCGUGUUACCAUCAUGUCAUUAAGGAAUUAUGACGGUGACGUUGCUCCAGUGUGAGGGCGUCAAGAUGAGCCUCUUCCAGGACCUUAAACUAAAGCGCCGAAAGGUCGACUCCCGGUGCAGCAGUGACGGGGAGAGCCUGGCAGAGUCAUCCUCGUGCUCGCCAGACUCCGGGUCUUCAGGGGGGGAAGCCUCCUCCUGCAGCCCCGUCCAGCCCCAGCCACCCUCGGAGUCGCCUCGCGCCUCCCCCAACCCGCGUCCGCCCAACCCUGGGAGAUCGUCCCCUGACAGUGCUGGCGAUGAGUUUGUCGAAGUCAAGACCUGCCAGGAGUCUGGCUUCAGCCAAGGUGAUGACACCCAUGACGCGCACGUGUUCGAUGGCGGUGGAGUGCAGCCUGAGUCUUCAUCGGCGCCCACGCGGCCCUCACAGACACCCCAGGGUCUGUGUCCCAUUCAGCAGUAUGUGGACACCGACCUGCCGGAGAGUAUGUCCACCACGCCGCCGCCGCCCGACACCAGCGACCACACCUCUGAAGUCACUUCGGCAUCAGCUGGUGGCGGCGCGUCACUCCCCCACCACAUGGAGGCCUUGGAGCCGCCCAUUAGCACCCUCAGCGCCAUGCCUCACACGCUGGCCGCCACCAUGGCCGGCCUCACCCCCGGGGUAGUCACCUCAGCGGGGCUGCGAGCCGGACCUCCUAUCAGCGCAGCGCAACCAUACUGGCACGGCGCCACUAGCCGCAUUAAUGGCGUGCGGCCAGAGUUCAUCAGCGGGGGUUUGGUGCAGCCCUCGCAGUCCACAGUAACCCCGGUGCCCACCCCUGCUGACUCCAGUAGGACGGGGUACUCGCCUCGCCUGCGCACACCCACGGUCAUCAUGGGGGAAGCAGGAGGCGUUAAAACAAUGUUCUGGUCAACUCCUAAUGAGCUUCAGACCUCCGUGUCCCAGGCUCCCAGGGAGGUGCUGACGCGACCUGCCACCCCGUGCGGCUACGGCGCUGACACCAGCGACGCGUCUGUGCGGGCGUCAGUGGACGGUCUCCUCACCCUGGGCCAGGAUAAAAGAGGCUCGCCCUCCCAGCUCUCCCCCACCAGCACCCUCUCCCUUUCCCCCGCUGCACGUUCCCCAAUGACUCAGACCUCGAGAUCCCCCCAUACCCACACGCCAGUCCCGCGCUCCCCCUAUGCGGGCGCCCCUCCUUCGCCAGGGAACCAAGUGGUGAGAUAUUUAGGCUCGCCACACAGCUCCCCUGGAGAUUUACAACUGCUACACAGUGCCACGUACAUGCACUCCCCCAGCAGCGGGGACAGCCAGAGGCACCCAUCCACGCCCCUUAACAUGGAGCGGCUAUGGGCAGGCGACCGUUCCCAACUUCCCCACACUCAACCGGAUUCCCAAGCGGCUCUCAACCUCUCCACGGUGGGGAUGUGGGGUGCCCGCAACACUGUCCCCGCGCCCAGCCAACCUGCUGCCAUAGACGAGGAGGACGAGGACCAGCCCAUGAUUUGCAUGAUCUGUGAGGACCGCGCCACCGGCCUUCACUACGGCAUUAUCACCUGUGAGGGGUGUAAGGGGUUCUUCAAGCGGACGGUACAGAACAAGCGGGUCUACACUUGCGUGGCGGACGGUGACUGUGAGAUUACCAAGGCGCAGCGAAACCGGUGUCAGUACUGCCGCUUUCAAAAGUGUCUCCGGCAGGGCAUGGUGCUAGCAGCCGUGCGGGAAGACAGAAUGCCAGGGGGACGUAACUCCGGUGCUGUCUAUAACCUCUACAAGGUAAAGUACAAAAAGAAAAACAAGAAAAAUGGUCAGAUAAAGCAAGGAGGCACCAUGUCCCCAGAGAAGAAAAUGAGCUUGGACCCUCUGAUGAUGGCAGGCACCACCUCCCUCACCAGUGCCUCCCUCACCCUGCCAAUCCCCAGUCCCCUCACCUCCCCACCUCCCAUCACCUCACCUCCAAUGCCCUCACCUCUCAACACUGGCCACAUUCUCAAGGCAGCUCUCACCAAUCCAUCUGAGGUGGCUCACUUCCGACAAAAGUUGGACAACACUGUCUCCUCAACCAGAGAAAGAGUCAUGCCUUACCCAGUAGCACAAGCCAUGAUAAGGAUGCUAAUAGACUGUGAUGAUUUUGAAGACAUCGCAACAUUAAAGAACCUUGAUGAUUUACUCGAUCACAAGAGUGACUUAUCUACCAAACUCUGUCAACUCGGGGACUCAAUUUCCAUCAAGCUGGUUCAGUGGACCAAGCGCCUUCCCUUCUACCAGGAACUUCCAGUAGAGGUUCACACCAGUCUCCUCACACACAAGUGGCACGAGCUGCUGGUUCUUACCACCUCAGCUUACCAGGCUAUCUAUGGCCUUCAGAAGCUGGGGUCCAGGUCCUCAGAUGGCACUGAAGCUGAGUUCCAUCAAGAGGUAUCCAACAACUUGUGUACACUCCAAACGUGCCUCAACUCCAUGAUGGGCCGUCCCAUCACCAUGGAUCAGCUGCGGCAGGAAGUGGGCGUCAUGGUGGAGAAAAUCACACAUGUCACGCUGGCACUUCGCAAAAUAAAGAUACAAAUUGAGGAGUAUGUUUGCCUCAAGGUCAUUGCCAUGCUGAAUCAACCCCGGAGUGGCCACAAGGAGCUUGAAGUGAUCCAGGAGAGAUAUAUGAAUUGCUUACGUUCCUUCUGUGAGACUCACUACCCCUCCCAGCCCUCCAGAUACCAGGACCUGCUAGUCAGACUCCCAGAUAUCCAAGCAGCAGCAGCAAAACUGUUAGAAACCAAGAUGCUCUAUGUUCCUUUCCUGUUGAACUCCACCAUCAACAGAUAGCAAUAAACCACCACCCAGCCACUGGAGCCAGUCGUUGCCUGCAAGGCGUCUCAUAGUGGACCACAUGCCGUCCUGUGUCUGCUUUGGCCCCUCUGCCAGGGGUCUUGCGGCCUCUCAUCAUCACCAUUGCAUCUGUCAGCCAACCCUACUUUGGCUUGUGCCCACUGUGGUCAGUCCAUGAAGUUACCAAUGUCUGCAAGGUGCGUGAUAUUUAUGAAGUGACAAUCUAGCCAGAGCAUUUAUUUUGAUAAAGUUUUUUUUUUUUCUGGUGGUUGUGCAACCAACUUAACUGUGAUGGGAGUGUGUACCAGUUUCCUGUGACAAUUUGAAUUUUUUGUAUAAAUUUAUCUUUUUCUAAGACUUCCCUAGAUACAUUACCAAAGGUUUUUCCUUUAAGAUUUUUAAGGGUUUAUGAUGGGAAGAAAAUUCCUAGAAGCCCAGAACACAAAUACUUAACUGCUGUACAACUGACAAGUUGUGCAAUUACUUGUGGUAUAUUUUCUCUGCUCUUUUCACCAUCUAAUGAAAAUAUUACUAGUCGCAGAAAAGUAUGUCUACUUAAGCAAAGAGUUCUAGUUUUAUAGUGUUCAAGAUUGACCCAGCACAAGAAAACUUCAAAAGUUGUCCAUGAGUGUUCCCAAGUGAGUCAGUGAUUCAAGUACAUACCCGGUGAGGAAGAGAGGGGCUCACUUACUGAAAAGCCUUCCACAGCUCCCACUGAUAAGCCAUGUGUCUGUGAUGAACCACUGCAUGGGGGACAACUCUUCAAGGCAUGUGCUGAUACCAUGGGCUGUGGAGGCUCACUACAGGAGCAGUAUUGCAUGGACAUAUUUACUCUUAGUAUUACAAACAGUAACAAGGAUACAGUUCCUAGAAAGAUCCUACUAACAGUUUUUUCAUGCACUGAUCUUCAAUGUGCUAAGAGAAUUCUUCUAUGUCUUGUAAAACACAUCACUUUUAAUUGUUAAGGUUUAUACAGAUGAUUUGUAUCUCAGAGGCACAAGUUAAACCAAGGUCUUGUGCUGCCAUAUAAGUGUACCAUUUAUACAUUUAUUAAGAAUAAAAUAUUUCCUAGAGAUAAUAUGUGGGAAAAAUAGAAGUUUAUUAUUGAGUAAAUUUUUGUAAAUACACUUUUACAAAGGAAUCUUUUGUUUGUACAGUUUUCGGUACUAGAGCUGGUGUAUGUUGUGACAGUGUGAAUGUGCAGCUGUGUGUCUGGCGGCAGGACACCAGUGGAGGCAGCUUGCAGGGUACUCAGCUCAGAAUCCAAACCUAAUGAAGCACUAAAGGCAAAUUUAACUAACUAAGCACCUUCCUCAAGUUUUUUACCACACACACUUCUUUGAGAUAUUUGUAUAUGCAUUUUUCUUUGACCUCAACUUUGCAGUCUUGUUUCUGUUAAAGAGACCAGUGUAACACAAUGCAGAAUUCAUCAAUGACAAAAUUUCCUCAUGGGUAUCUGCUGUUUUCUCUCAAAGUAUUAAACUUUUCACUGGUCAAAUAAGCAAAAUCUUGCACACAAACUCUAUCAUUAUCCAUAUAGAUUACUGUUAUUUUUGUUAUUAUCAUUAUUAUUGUUAUUAUUAUCAUUAUUAUUAUUAUUAUUAUUAUUAUUGUUAUUAUCGUUAUUAUAAGAGAGAUUUUGUUACACAACUUCAUGAGGGUUUUUACUUGGUUUAUUAGCACGUUUACCUGCACUAGUCUUUGAUCUCAUGUUAUCUAUAAAUAUAUAAAUAUAUUUAUAUAUAUAUAUAUAUAUAUAUAUAUAUAUAUAUAUAUAUAUAUAUAUAUAUAUAUAUAUAUAUAUAUAUAUAUAUAUAUAUAUAUAUAUAUACAUACACACAUAUUUACAUAUAUUUCCUUGAAAGAAAUUUUUUUGAAAGUAUAAUAAAAAUAUAUCUUUAUCACUGGGGAACCAUUGGCAUUUGGGGAGUCAGUGGCUAAGACUUUCUAUGACUGAGUACACUGUAAGCUGACUCUUUAGUAUAGUCAAGCAAUCAAAUUUGUUGCUUCUAUAUUUAAAGAAAUAUACAAGUGAAUUUUA